AUGGCGGGCUUCUUCAAGCCCGCCGCGCCGCCGGCUGCGGCGAAGAAGGGGGAGGAGGCGAAGAAGGGGGAGGGCAAGAAGGAGCUCGGAGGGAUGAAGCCGUCGGCGCUCAAGAAGCGCGCCAAGGAGGCUGGCGUGGAGGAGAGCAAGCUCGACGAGGCGGACGACGCGGACGACGCGACGCUCAUCGACCUCAUCGUCGACAAGGACGCAGCUUCGCUUGUGGACGAUCCGGCCGAGCUGGGCGCGAAGACGCCGCCGCCGGUCGCGGCUGCCGAGGAGGAGGCUGCGCCGACCCGCACCCGCACCGUGACCGUCAAGGAGCGCGUGCGUGAGGAGGUGACCUACAUGGACGAGCGCGGCUACAUGGUCUGCGAGGAGAAGUGGGUCGAGCGCGAGGUCGAGAAGCAGGCGCCUCAGGCAGCGUAG